GGUCAGUCGCACCGAGAAGCGACAAAUGCGCUUGUCUGAUUGGCCAUUGCGUAUUCGACUCUUUGACCUCUGCUCGUUAUCAAAUAUUAACUACAAAUCGGAAGUCGUUUCGUUUUAUUAGUUACUGUCGUUUACAAAGUUUUUCCGUUGCGGUUGUCGUCUGUAAACAACUACACAAAAGACCCAAAGAAGCUCUGAAAUAAUGUUAUAGUUGUUGCGAAUAAUAAACAUAUUAUUUUGCGUAUACAAUGGAGCUGCAAAUACCGACGGGACUCACGGACAUGUUGCAAGAAUUUACGGUAGUCGUCCUUCGUGAAAGACCCGAGGACAUUGUUGAUUUUGCCGCAAAUUAUUUCAAGCAGUUAAAGUUAAAAAAUCAGAAAAGUAGAAAUGUUAGUAGAGGGGUGACUUUCGGCUCAGAGGAAAAAGAGUCUGACCAAGAAGACGAAGAGGAACCAUUCGAACCACCAGCAAAUAGAUAUGCAAGAAGGCAAUCAGUUUCUGCCGAACCCCUUGCUCCAUCGGAUGAUGAAGAUGAUGAAGAAGACAAGGUUGUUUAUCCCAAGAGCGAUGAUCAGAGACAAAGGCUCAACGAAGCAGUUAAGAACAUUUUACUGUUUAAAAAUCUUGAAAAGGAAGAGCUGACAAGAGUUUUGGAUGCUAUGUUCGAAAAAAGAGUCACUUCUGGUGAUCAUGUAAUUGAUCAGGGUGAUGAUGGAGAUAACUUCUAUGUCGUUGAUAGCGGUACAUAUGAUAUAUUCGUAAAAAUAGAUGGAGCAGACAAACAUGUUGGCAGUUAUAAUGACAAAGGAAGUUUUGGUGAAUUAGCUCUCAUGUACAAUACUCCAAGAGCAGCAACAAUUGUAGCAACAUCUGAAGGCAUCCUCUGGGCCUUGGAUCGUGAGACUUUCAGAAAGAGUUUAAGAGCAGCUUCGAAGAAGAGGAAAGUGUAUGAAGCUCUGAUUGAAAAAGUUCCAAUGCUGUCCGAAAUCAACAUGAACGAAAAAAUGAAUUUAGCUGAUGCUUUAGAAUCAAAAACCUACGAAGAUGGCGAAUGUAUCAUCAAACAGGGCGAUGAGGCCGAGUACAUGUACUUUGUUGAACGAGGCGACACCUCUAUACGAAUACACCAGACGGGUGAAGAUAACGAAGUUGAGAUCGCAAAGUGUAAAGAGGGAGAUUACUUUGGAGAACUAGCAUUGGUUACACAUAAACCACGUGCGGCAUCUGUGUACGCUGUUGGUGAAGUGAGAUGUGCUGUCUUGGAAAUCCACGCGUUCGAACGGCUUCUUGGUCCAUGCAUGGACAUCAUGAAGAGAAACAUCUCAAACUACGAAGAGACUUUGAACAAACUGGGUAUUGAACACGACGAUUUGCGAUAAAUAUUGCGCAACAUCUAUAACCAACGCAAAAUUAUUGGUUAGCAUCGUCAUUGACACAUUGCCUACGGGGUGAAAGUUUUGUAACAAAAAAAUUGUUUUCAGUUUCAAAACUCGCUGCGUUUUGCGAGAGUUAGCAGUUGAUAUUUUAGAAAUUCGACGUUCGGCUAGCAAUUCUUGGUGCAUAUACAAGACGUUUUCGAAACUUACCAAUAGUUUCCAUUGAAAUUUUUAAUGUUUUAAAAGAUUUUAAGCCAUAGCUUUAUUUAUUAUAGUCCAGAGACAGUUGUCGUGUUUGGUAUAGGUCUCUAAAUAAAAUCUCACAAAGGUUUCAAAA